CACCGACGCCGACGAGGUGCGCUCAGCCAAGAGCGACAGCGUCUGCUACCAGCUGCAGCCCAUCGGCGUCUUCUGGGACAUCGAGAACUGCCAGGUGCCCCGCCGCUGCUCGGCCGCCGACUUCGUCUCGCUCAUCCGGGAGCAGUUCUACACCAACUGCUGGGAGGCCGAGUUCAUGUGCGCGUGCGACGUCAGCAAGGUGUUCCCGCCGUCACUGCAGCAGCUCAACGACGCUCAGGUGAACGUGAUGCACGUGCCGGCCACGAGUAAGAACGCCGCCGACGAGAAGGUGAAACAGAGCCUGCGCCGCUUCUCUGACCAGUACCCAGCGCCGGCUACCGUGCUGCUCAUCACAGGCGACAUGAACUUCGCUCCCGAUCUCACCUUCCUGAAGCACAGGAAGAAGCACAGGGUCAUUCUGAUCCACAACCGGCAGGCGCGGCCGGCGCUGCUCAACUGCGCCGACGAGCGGCAUCAGUUCGACGACCUGCUGGCGCGCCUGCCCGACGUCCGACAGCAGGAGAGCCGCGGCGGGGACCGACUGUGCUGCCACCUGCGGCUGACCGGCCUGCCAUCUGGCGGCGCCGGCCGCAAGUCCAAGGUGGUCAACGAGAUCCAGAAGCUCGUGUACAACUGCGGCGGCCGCGUGGAGCGCGUCAACCUGACGGCCGGCGACGCUAUCAUUGUUUUUCCGUCGCCUGGCAACGCCGCCAGGGCCAAGCACCGGCUACACCACGUGGUCAUCUGCGGGUCUCAGACGUUCGUGCAGUUCCACUACAAGACCGGCCAACGUUCCCGGCCCAGCCGGCUCUCCUCCAGCGGCGCCGCCACCCACGCGACGCCGAGGAAGGUCCUCUACGACCUGGCCAUCCGUCACGCUAAGGUGGAGAGCGUGUCGGUGUACUGCCAGUCGGACGGCUCGCUGGUGGGCACCAUCUCGGUGCCGACGCUGUACGACUCGCAGGCGCUGAUCGCCGAGAUGCACCGCGCCGUGGUGGGCACCAAGCGCAUCAUGCUGGCGUACGCCCGCACCGACCGUCCCGACCCGUACAAGAUACGGACGCAGGUGAUUCGGCUGCUGAACGACGUGCCAUCGGGCCAGCUGCCGCUGGUGAAGUUCAUGGAGCUGUACGAGCAGCGCUUCCACAACACCGUCUCCAUCGCCGACCUGUUCAGGAUGCGCGAGACUGUGACGGUGGUGGACAGCAGCAGCGGACGCGUUAUCCAGCUGAACCCGAUGCUGAAGACCCAGGACCACGUGAGUUUUACCUCGCGGCGCCACCGUCGGCUGGGCGGACUCGACGACCCCAGCGUGCUGCCCAACAGCGACGUGGCGCUGGAGGAGCUGGAGCGCGUGGUGCGCCACCUUCUGGAGACGCACGACGGCCUGCUUCAUCUCUCCAGCCUGCUGGACUGUGACGUGUCUGACUGA